AUGGCUGAAGUGAGAACAGGUCCUGAUGGCAGCUUCUCAAUGAGCGGACACGCGUACGACGUGUUCCACAUUGACCCGAGAUUGAAGAUCUACCAUCGGUGCAACCACGUUGGCCUCUGUGAAAGAAGAUGGCAGUUUAAAAUCCCAAAAAACUACGUGAAAUCCGGUAGAACGUCAAACAAAGUCUUGGACAUUGGUACGUGGAAUCUAAUGGUAGUGCCGGACAGUGAAGAGUCAAACUGUAUUUAA